UCGUGUGGCCUACAAAUAUUUUGUCAUUUUACCGUAAAGAUGGUGGAAACAACACUUAUCUUCUCCGCUGCUAAAACUUCAUUUGAUCCUCAAGUGCAAGGAUGUUUGAUCAUCGGGAAACCGCGAAACCUUCAGACUGUUACAUUUGACAAUUUAGCGGAAAAACUUUCGCCACGAGUUGACGCUGCGACAUUUAACCUUGUGCUUCACACCAUGGCUGGUUCAGAUGCUUGUCCAGUUUGGUUAAAUCAAGUGGUUAUUGGUGCUCUUCCUAAUACAGCAAGUCGUCAUAACUCCUCAGCCAGUCCUCACUUCCUUAACAAGCUUGUCUGCAGCCAUCUUCCUGGAGGGGAUGCUUGUAUUGUGGUUGUCUGUGAAAGACAUGAUGCUUUUGCUUCAGCUUGUGCUAUUUCAAGGGCUUUCCCAACUUAUUCAAGAAAGACCUCUAAAGCUGCAAAAUUGUUAUCAAGAACUGUAACUGUAGAGUUCAUUCUUGUUGGAAACAAUGAUUCUCCAAUCUCAAGUGAAGAUGCUGCUUGUAUGAAUGUAGUUGCAGACAGCAUCCGUCUGAGUGCUCGCCUGGUAGAUAUGCCAUGUGGAGAUUUGCACACCACUGCAUUUGUUCAGGAAAUUACUAAAGUUGGUGAAGAAUUAGGUAUUGUUCCUGUUGUGAUCAAAGGAGAAGAACUUGAUCAAAAAGGUUUUGGAGACCUCUAUGCUUGGGAUGAAAAGAGACUGUGGAGGGGCAGCUGGUAUUCUAGGAGCUUUUAGAGCAGCAGUAAAACAGGGCUUUACUGAGAAUCUUCAUGCUGUGUUCUGCAUGGCAGAAAAUGCUGUUGGUCCUGACGCUACUAGACCUGAUGACAUUUUGACGUUAUACUCAGGAAAAACUGUCGAGGUUAACAAUACCGAUGCUGAAGGCCGCUUAGUUCUUGGAGAUGGGGUGGCGUAUGCCAAGAAGGAUCUCCAUGCCGACGUUGUCCUUGACAUGGCCACCUUGACUGGUGCCCAGGGUAUUGCAACGGGACGCUACCACGCGUCACUUUUGACCAACAAAGAGGUGUGGGAACCAGCUUGUGCUGCGGCGGGAAGAGCAAGUGGGGACCUGGUUUUUCCCAUUCCAUAUUGCCCAGAACUUCAUUUCUCAGAAUUUUCAAGUGCAUUAGCAGAUAUGAAAAAUUCAGUACAAAAUCGUGAUAAUGCUCAAGUGUCCUGUGCUGGCCUUUUCAUUGGUUCCCACUUAGGAUUUGAUUUCCCUGGAAGCUGGUUACAUAUUGAUAUGGCUGCUCCAGCUCAUAUGGGUGAAAGGGCAACAGGUUACGGAGUGGCUCUCUUGGUCACCUUAUUUGGAAAAGCGUCCUCGUCGAAACUCCUUCAGAGUAUCGCACCAGAACUGCCGGCAAAGGACUCUGGGUUUGGCUAUUGAAGAUGAUUAUGGUGUCGUCGGGCCGAACAAAAUGGCUGAUUGAAUAGGGAAGACUUGAAUAAGACUUGAAUAGGGAAGAAAUGUUUUGACUGAAAUUUGAACUUAGACUUACGGUUUUGAAUUUUGACCACGUAGAGAUUCUGAUGCACAUUCCAAAGUUCUCCCUUUUAAUUUACCCUUCUCCAAUCUACUGAAUACAACUCAUACCGUUUGAACACUCAUGCCGUCAAAAAUUAAAUUUUAUUUUUCCUCUGCACAUGUGGUACUUGAUGAUUUUCCUUGUCAGAGAAGGACGUUGAGUGUGAAAGGUAAAAUCAAUUGAAAUAAAAAUAGAAUCAAUUUUCCCUGUCA